AUGUAUAACAACAAUGAUUUGGAAAAGUUGGUCAUUAAGGGCAGUACAAGAUUUCAGGAAGUUAAUUUCAAUUAGCCAAGACUCUUCUAACCCAAGUUGAAUAUAAUCAAGUUAAAAGGAUUUCAAUAGAUAGUAGAUCUAAUUAAGUAAUAAGAAUCUUUUUCGAAACACAAUUAGAUUCCAUAAAUUAAUACUCAGAAAAAUCUACCUUCAAUUUUGGUUUAUCCUCCUAAAGCAGAAUUAAUUACAUCUUCCAAGAAGGAAAUAUCAAUUAGAAAAUAUAGUGAAACAAGGGUUUAUGGCAGAAAAAGCUUUACUGAAUCAGCUGAGCCCCAAUCUCUUGAAAGAAGGAAGAUUGAUACUAAAAGAAAUAAGUUCGCAAUUAAAAAGGCUCUUCCAAAUAAAUAAGAAGAGCAAAAUGUAUUUGAAAAUCCUUCUGAUUUUGCCACAAUCGUCAGUUACUCAAAUUUAUUAAUGAUAAUACCUUAAGAAAAGAUAGUUUAUAAGGCGUUCAUCACAAAAGGGAAUAAUGGUUAAUUAGUUAGACAAUUAAUAAAAUCUAGAUCUUGGUGGGUGUUGCUUGAUGCCCCUUAGAAUGACAUGAACCUUUAUUGGACAUAACUUAGAAAACAAGGAUUCUAUAAGGAUCUAAUAAGCAUUACUGGGAAUUAAUCAACAUUUACCAAAACAUAGAAAAAAUUAGUGUUCGAUAAGUUUAAACUUAGAUUAGAAGAAGAAAAAUAUACUAAUUUCGUCUCUAGUAAUAUCUUGAGAGUACACAAUCAUUUGGAGGGCAAUUUCUAAAUUUCAAAUAAGAAGGCAUUGUAUUACAAUAUGAAAUCAUACUAUGAAUCAAUAGGUCAAGAUCCAUUUAAAUUUAUUCCAUUAACGUUUCAUAUUCAAGAUGGAAUCAAGGACCCUGUAUAUUAGUAAUUCGAGGAAUACGCAAAGAGGAACAAUAUCAAUGUCUGGAUAGUUAAACCAGGGGAGUAAUCGAAUAGAGGAAAUGGCAUAGAAGUGGCCAAUUCGAUUUCUCAAGUUAAAAGGUUAGUCUCUUAUCGUGAGUUGCAUUCCAAUGGGGUGAAGAAGACCUUUAUUGUGCAAUAAUAUCUAAAUAGACCAUUAUUGUACAACAAACGGAAAUUUGAUAUCAGAUGUUUUAUGUUGAUAACUUGUAUUAAUUACUAAUUUAAAGCUUAUUGGUAUUAGGAAGGAUAUAUAAGAACUAGUUGUAAGGAAUUCAAUCUGGAUGACACAGAUUGCAAAUACACUCAUUUGACUAAUGAUGCUGUACAAAAAUACAGCAAAAACUAUGGGAAAUAUGAAACAGGAAAUAAAGUAAAUUAAUAAUAUAAAUAAGGUUUCAUUUAAUGAUUUUUCGAAAUAUGUCUAAGAAAUUUAUAAUAUGAACUUCAAUAACACAAUAGAACAAUUGAAGAGUUUAUGUGUUGACAUUGUCAAAGCAUCUAAUUAACAUUUAGAUCCCAAUCGGCACUUCUAUACUUUUGAAUUAUUUGGUCUAGACUUUAUGAUAGACAGUGAUUUUAGACCAUGGCUGAUAGAAGUGAAUACAAAUCCAUGUCUUGAAACCUGUUGUCCUCUACUGUCUAGAUUAAUAAAUCAUUUGGUCGAAAACACUAUCAGAAUUGCUAUCGAUCCUAUGUAUCCUCCUCCGACGAAGAAGAAACCGCUGCCUGAAUUCAAAAACAAUUUUGAAUUGAUUUUCAACUCUCCUCUAAUAGAAUAAUGUGAUAAACUACCAGAAAUUCAAUAAGAUGAUGACGAUCUUGAUGUAGAUGAUGAUAAUUGA